AUGGAACAAAAGAACACAUCUCUUUCUAACAAAGGUCAUAUCUUGAAAAAAGCCUUUAAUUCCUUCUUCUCAUGUCCAUUAUCUAAGAAAAAAAAAUCUAAAACUCUGAAAAGUCAAUGUUCAAAAUUGUUAGAUCAGUUGGAUUCCGAUAGGGUUGUGUCAGCCGACAUUUACUUUCCUACUUUAAAACAGUUUAUAUUCGAAGAUAACAUUUUUCUGAAGAAUUUGGGGUUAUCCUGCCUAUUGAAAUUACUGGAAUUUAACUAUCUCGGAAUAAGCUCUGUACAUUUCUCAACUAAAUUAGUAAAUGAGGAAGUAAGUGCUGAGAAAGUCUCUCAUUUACUAGACGAAAGGAGCCUCAGUGCUAAUAAUAUCAGCACCCAACUAUACCAAGACAAAAAAUUUAACAACCACAGCUUCAGCAGUUCCGACCUACCUAGUUAUUCUGCUGGAUUGGAUUAUUGCCAAAAAAACGAAUAUAGUAUUUCUAACAAAUUAUAUGGCAGUGACAGUUCCAACUGUAUAAACAAGGAAGAAGACAAUAUUGAGGUGAAAGAUUUUAUGAGCGCCAUAUUACCUUGCUUUACUGAUACCGCGUUAUCGGAAGAAACUAGACUUUUAAUUUUAAAGAUAGUUUUGGCUGCUGUGAAUUCGAAAAAGUGCCAUAUUCACUCUGAUCACCUUAUUUCUUUUUUCAGUGGAUGCGUUGAACUUUAUUUAAGAAGUAGUAGCUUUUGUGGUAAACUCUCUGCUGAAGCAACUUUGAAGCAGCUUUUGUUUGUUUUGCUUGAAAGAAUAAACGCUGCCAGUUCUACUGGGAUUACCGGAGAAGAAGAGGCCGCCCCAGAUGAGGAAGAGCAUAAUCACGUGGAUGAUAUAGACCACUUAAGGUCGUGCUUCGAAAACAUUUUUCAGGUCGAUGGAUAUCUCAUCUUUCAAUAUCUCUGUGAAUUAUCCAUCGUAAACGUCCAGGACAACUCCGAAAAAAACACAACUUUAACGAAAAGGACCCUUGCUUUGGAAUUACUGUUAAUAAUUCUGAAAAAUGCGGGGGCAGCUUUCUUGCGGCAUAAACAUUUUAUUGAUGGCACAAAGCGUCUGUUGUGCGUUUCCCUUUCUCGCAAUGUUAUAUCUUCCUCUUCAAGGCUUAUUGAGCUUUCCUUAGCCUUGUUCUUGGUGCUCCUAAAAUGGUUUAAAUCAAGCCUUAAAGCUCAGAUAGAAAUUUUAUUUAAAAACGUUCUUUUACUGCUAUUGGAGUCUUCAACUUCCUCUCUGAAUCACAAAAUGGAUGUCCUGCAGGCUAUUUGGUACAUUGUCUCGGACGCCCAAACUCUGCAGGAUAUAUUUAUUAACUACGAUUGUGACAUUUCAAUGGAUAAUCUUUUCACCCACCUGAUCGAUGAUCUCUCCAAGAUUGCUAAUAGCGGCAGUACUAACAUUAAAGGUAGCAACCUUUUAAAGUUACAACUACAGUGUUGA